AUGCUUUCCUCGCAGUUUAUUGCAAAGUUGUGCACUUUGCCGUAUCCUAUUGUUAAAAUUAUACUACAAUACUACACUGUUGGGACAGUGUAUUCCAAAACCAACAGAGAGUUUAAGCGAUCGUUGUACAAGAAUGUCUUGAUCGCUAUGGAAGCUCAUAUGGCAAUGAAUCUUCAAAAAAACGAUAUGAAGGCUGUUUGUUACGAGCCGAUUGGUCAUUUAUUGAAACGGUUCAAGAAAAACCCCAUGUCGAAACAAUUGAAUGCAUUUGGUGAGCAAUUUGAUGAAUGCAGCUAUUGGAUCCACAAAUGUGAUAUACCGAUUGAAAAGACAAACGUGGUGGUUUAUUUUCAUGGAGGUGGGUACCUCUUGAAUAUGAUUGAUUCUCAACUUACAUUUAGCGCUGCUUUGCAUUUUGCAUUGGAUGAUAAAACAGCAGCAAGGACUUCCAUAAUGAUUGUUGAUUAUUCAUUGACAAUGUUUGAUCAUAUAUAUCCUACUCAGUUGUACGAAUGUUUACGUACUUACAACAACUUGGUUCAACUGGGGUAUAACAACAUUAUUUUGAUGGGAGAUUCAGCCGGUGCUCAUAUGUCAUUGUCAUUAGCUAGGGCCAUUGCGUAUCCAGAAGAAAUCAAACAACAAUUCGAAUAUUUUAGUGAGUUCAAGUUGAAAUUCAACGUAUCCAACUUACCUCAACCUAAAGCUUUGAUAUUGGAUGCUCCUUGGGUCCAGCCGUGUACUCCACCACUUCCAUCACGACACCAUGUCGACACCACUGGUGACGUUAUUGGCUAUGAUAUAAACUUGGGUAACUAUUUCGUUGAAGAUUUAGAUCAAAAGUUUAUCAACAAUUUCCUCAAAUUUACAAACACAAAUUGGGAAGACCAUUGGGCAAAAGUUGAAGCAAUAAACAAUGGAAACACCAUCAUGAUUGUUGGUGAACGUGAAGUAUUGCGUGAUGGUAUGGAAGAUUUCUACAACAUUGCCAAUAAAAAAGGAAGCAUUGAGUAUUAUAUUGAGCCUGGUGGAAUUCAUGCUGGCAUGGUUUACGUUGAGAGUUUGGAUUACAUGAGUAAGAAAGGAGCUAAACGCGCUUUGAAAGGUGAUUUUAAGGACAAGUUUGGUAUAAAUUUAGUAGCGCAGUUUCUCAAUAAGCGUGAUUUUGUAUAG